AGGGACGAUUCCAGCUUGACAGGGUGGCGUCUCGGUUGGGAAAAGUGCAAUCUUGUUUUUACUGAGGACGAAAGCCAACCGCUGUGCAGCGAUAGCCUUCCAGGAGCCAUGGACAAGAUCAAGGCGACGGUGGAGCGGGCCAGGGCCGCUUUCAACACGGGCAAGUCGCGCCCCGUGGAGUUCCGUAUCCAGCAGCUGCAGGCCCUGAAGCGGAUGGUGGAGGAGAAGGAGAAAGACAUCGCGGAGGCCCUUGAAGCGGACCUCCACAAGAAUAAAUACAGCGCCUUCAGCUACGAGAUCAUGGGCGUGCUGGGGGAAAUCAACCUGGCCGUGGAGAAGCUCCCCGAGUGGGUCGCCCCACGGCACGUGCCAAAGACCGUCAUGACCCUGGCGGACGAGAGCUACGUCCGCUCUGAGCCCUUGGGUGUGGUCCUGGUCAUCGGGGCGUGGAACUACCCCUUCGUCCUCGUCAUGCAACCCCUGAUCGGCGCCAUCGUGGCAGGGAACGCGGUGGUGGUAAAGCCCUCGGAGGUCAGCGAACACACGUCCAAGCUCUUCGAAACGUUGCUGCCUCAGUACAUUGACAAGGACCUGUACCCGGUCGUCACCGGAGCGGUACUAGAGACCACGGAGUUGCUGAAGCAGCGUUUUGACCACAUCCUUUACACGGGCAAUGGCCACGUGGGCAAAAUCGUCAUGGCGGCGGCUUCCAAGCACCUGACGCCCGUCACGCUGGAGCUGGGAGGGAAGAGCCCUUGCUACAUCGAUAAGGACUGCAACAUUGACAUGGCUUCUAGGCGGAUAACGUGGGGCAAAUUCGUCAACUGCGGCCAGACCUGCAUCGCCCCCGACUACAUCCUGUGCGACAAGUCCAUCGAAGGUCGGGUUGUGGAGUCGAUAAAGAAGAACCUGAAGGAGUUUUACGGCGAGGACAUCCAAAAGUCCCCGGACUAUGAAAGGAUUGUGAACAAGCGGCAUUUUAAGAGGAUCAUGGGCCUUUUGGAGGGGCAGAAAAUCGCUUACGGAGGGGAGGCUGAUGAAGCCACCUGCUUUAUUGCUCCCACGAUCCUGACGGAUGUCAAUCCGGACUCCAAAGUCAUGCAGGAGGAGAUUUUCGGCCCCAUCCUUCCCAUUGUCACCGUGAAGGGCCUGGACGAAGCCAUUCAGUUCAUCAACCAGCGGGAGAAGCCGCUCGCUCUGUAUGUCUUCAGCGACAACAAAAAGGUAAUCAAAAAGAUGAUAGCGGAGACCUCCAGCGGUGGUGUGACGGCCAACGACGUUCUCAUGCACUUCUCUGUCCCGACCUUGCCAUUCGGAGGGGUUGGUAACAGCGGGAUGGGAUGCUACCAUGGCCGGUACAGCUUCGAGACCUUCUCCCACCAGCGCUCGUGCCUCAUCCGGGCCCUCAACAUGGAAGUCGUGAACAGCAUCCGCUAUCCACCCAACAGCCAAAAGAAAGUGGAUUGGGCCAAGUUCUUCAUCUUGACCCGGUUCUGUAAGCGCAAGGUCGGGCUGGUUGCGCUUGCCGUGCUGGGAAUCCUGGUGGCCAUCGUAAUCAAGGUCGCAGUCUUCUGAGUCCGAGGUUCGCCGGAUGUCGUGAUGCAACGGGCUAUUAUGCAAGCGAUGAUUCUCACAGAGGCGCGUUGCUGAUCAAACACACUUACCAGAGUUUUAUGAUUGUUUAUUACCUAUUAAGCGCACACGAAGUUAAAAUAACACGACCUCAGCGGAGACUGUGAACGGGAAUCCGUGAUUGUCUCCUUCCACUGAAAAAUUCCCCCCACCCCCAGUAUCCCCCCCUGGCCCAUUUUUAAAGGAGCACAAUUUGAAAAUGCGGAACGGACCAAGCCAAAACAGAGCAUUGGGAAUUCGUGACACUGAUUCUCAAAAGUAUCUCCCCGGACAAUUUUUUUAAAAAAAAAAAAAAAGCGUGCUUGCUGUGUGUCAUGGGAAUAACCGGCCCUUGUCAAACAUCUGAAGAUUUUUCGCGGGGGUCUUCUUUUUCCAAAAGAAUUUAAAACAAAAACCCGGGAGGUUUCAAAGGCAGCCCCCAAUUCGAAGCGUUUCCUGUACAGUUGGUACCAGCAAAAAAGGAAAAAGAGGCCAUCUGUAAUUGCCUGAUUUUUCUAAAUUGCCGUUCCCCAAAUUGACCCCCCGGUAGAUGCAUUGGACUACAGCUCCCAUCUGCCCCGCCAGCAGGGCUGGAGAUAAGCGGGUAUGGGAUUGUAGUCUUCAUUUAUUCCCUGUUCUCUGUUUUUUGUAUUUUAUGGCAGCUGAGCAGUUAAGACAUGUGAUGUCCCCUGUCUUCCGGGAAAUUGUACUUCUAUGAUUCAAAUUGUGUUGUGGUUGGGAAAGGCUUAUUAAAAAAAACUAAGGUCUAGGUAGGUGUUUAAUAGUUUAAUUCCAGCUGACUUAGGAACUGUUACACAGGAGUUUGUGUGUGCACAGUGGACAUGGGCGGAUGUCAAUUUAAACUCUUAAGUUUAUCAAACUGAACAAACCCAGGCCUGACUUGGGUUCAUGUGGUCCCCAAAAAACCCUCCUGUCCCCCCAACGCAGCUGCCGUGUUCACUUCUGUUUUCGUAUAACCACAGCUUGUUGCGUUGCCCAAAACAACAAACUCCGGUCAAUGUUAACUGUGGUUUGCUUCAAAACAAGCCAACUUCGAAUCAUGGCUUAGGAAGCUGGCUUGUUUUAAACCAACCAGCUGUGUUGGACAACAACAUUCCAUCAACCACAGCUGACACGGCGUCCCAGGGCCCUCCAGCUGUUUUGUCUAACUACUAGUAAGGGAUCAUGGGAGUUGUUGGCGGAAACAUCUGGAGUUUCCCAUCCGUAGUUUGGCGUUAACGUCUGAACCAGAGUUUUGUUUCUUGCUAAAUCCGGUCCCUUUUUAAAGCACUUUUGCGCUUGUUCUUUAUUUAAAGAAAAAUCACACACUAGCAAAUAAAGUAUUUUAGACGUCAAGAGUAAAAAACUGACAUGAGGUUAGAAUGACUACAGAAAGCUUUGAUAUCGAAAAGUUACCUCUCGCCUUAUAUUUACUAAACGUGGAUAUACCGUAUCGGAAAUAAACAUUUAUUAAUCCAAGAA